AUGGCUAGAAAUUCAAUCUCAAGUGGUUCCUGGCCGGAUGAUGCCUUGUCUACCAGGUCUUCCUUAUCAUCAACUUCAAGCGACCCGAUCUCCAGCCCUACCACUACACCCAUCAUUGAUCAACACCAAGAACGGAUUCCUUGGAUUCUGAGUCAUGUGUUAGAGUGCAACCUAUCCUCCGAUCUCCCCUUAAGAAUUAUGUUCUCCUUUAAUGCCGGCCAUCGGGUGCCAACAUUAAAGGAAGCAUAUAAGUGGUGGCAGUACGAACCAAAGGGGACUGCGAUUAUUAACUUUUUGUCCUCUUUGGAAGAAUCAAAAUCCAAGAAAAAGGAGAAAUUUGGAACCACAACCAGCACAGCCAAGAAUGAUAAAGAUGAAGCCGAAAGCAGUUCACCAGAAAAGAAAGACCAUGCAGCAAAGGAUCCUUUCAUGGACCCUCUGAAUAAAUCUCUUCUAGAUAUCGACUUUGCAUCAGAAUUCCCAAAUGAGAAACGAGCGAGCCGAGGAUUGCCACCUGAAUUUAUCAGAAAAUGGUGCUUGGAUAAAGUAUUUACUAAGGCGGAGGAGCUAGUAGACUUUAGCCAAGCUCUCACCGGCAUAGACUAUCUCCAAGACCUUGAGUGCCGGAGGCGUGAGGCUCUUAGAGAAGUUGCUUUGCGGUUGAAGAUUGAUAAGAACAAUUGGAGAAAGGUUCUCCGUGCUGACCCUGAUGCCAGAAAGUGGGUAGAAGAUAUUCAAGCUCAGGAGACAAUGAUCGAAAGUUUCUAUGCUACUUGCUUUGUUGAUCUACGAAUCUGGACUAUGCUUUAUGAGCUCAAAACUCAACCGUUUUAUAAGCCAAACGUUCUUGCGAUGCUCAAUACCCUCUAUCCACCAUGCAUUCAAGAACUCCCAAAUGAUCUCAUUGACCGUGACAAAUUACGAAAGCACCGAGCCAAGUUUUACAAUUUCAUCAUCGAGGUGGAGCGCGAAGGCACCGGAGCAUUGCAUGAUUUUGAGAUACUCCUAAAGAAUCCAGAGUGCAAACAUAACUGGGUUGAUACUCGAGAGAAUUUAAAAGAUUAUAUUGAGCUAGCCUGUAAGAUGAUCGAGCAAUCGAAUGCUGUAUACGAUAUUAUGUUCUUCAAAAAAAGCGCAGGAAUAGCAUACAGAAUACAAUCAGCACACUCCAGAAGCACAACCGCAUCUUCGUCUACGUCGACUCGCACUGAACGACAGGGCAGUCAGAACGAGCAACCUGCCGUGGAAGAAUAUUUUCCUCCUGGCCUCGAAAAGCCACCUGCUCGACUCCAUGCGAAAAGCAUCACAGACAAAGCGCAGAGCCAAGAAAACUCAUCUUACGCAGCAGUGUUGAGCUCUCCUAGCGAGUCUCGAAGUUCUAGUAGGUUGGAUGGAGAAUCACAAAGUCGAAAGCGUUUGGCAUCUCCAAAACGUCACCACGAAUACUCUCAGGAAUAUCACACUAUACCAAUGAACGCCCCAAGAAAGCUCCGUUCCGUUGUGACAACUCCUGCCAUCUACCAGAAGCAAACUUUCCCAAGUGAAAGACCGUCGGAUGGAGAUAGGAAAGCUUCGGUACUACACCAGCAUACGAGACCGCGAGCAAAUACACCAUUCACAGAACAAAACUCCGAAGCUGCACAACAUCAAAGUUUUCAAUCCUGGGUCCCAUUGAAAGAUCAGCAGCAAAUGUCACCUUUUCGUCAAACAUCAUACCCUGAUCCAUGGUCAAGAGGACCUCCCAAUCCGAAAUAUCAGCUACGUCCAAAGAACUUAUCCGAAGAUGAGAAGCUUCUACAGGCCAUGCGGCAGUCAGAAGCCCCAAUUAAGAGAAGAGCAUCAUUUCCAAAUGGAGACUUGUCGUCGUCCUCACGGGCGAGAGCCUCAAGUGUUAAUUCCACAAAAUUCAAAUCUUGCAGAAUGCACCAAGAUAGCGAUGCCACUUCAUUUAAUACCCUUCGGGCUGGCUCAACACCAUAUGUUUCGCAGCAGAGUUCGUUGACUACAGAUAGUCCAAGAACACACAUUGAGAAGGUUUUGAAGAACCAUUCAGAUGCAAUUCAAGCAUAUCAGGCCCUGGAUCUACGAGAGUUACCUGGCUAUCCCUCGAUCCUCAAAACUAUAGCACCAGAUAGUACCCCAAAUCCUCAACUCCGCACACAAAAGUCGUAUAAUUCCUCUGGUGACCUUCGGGGUCGUGCCAUGAGUGGCUUUACUUCAAUUCCUGGCUCUCCGCUAUCCUCGCAGCAGGGUACACCGGUGGAAGGUGCUUCUAGAAAACUCCAACUUCGCAAGACACCAUUGCGCGACUCUGCCACGGAUACGCCAAUGAUAAAUCCAUCUUCCGCCACCAGUGAUUCUAGGUUUACUCCCUCUCAAACUACUCCAACGAUGACCACACCCAGAAUCAAACUUCGUAAGAUGCCAUUAUAUGACCCUGCGACCAAGGAAAUGCAGACACCAAGUCCAUCCCUUUCGAAUCCUAGAUCACCAUUACCGUUACGGCAAGAAAGUCCUAUUACACCCACUCCUGGAAUUCUACUUCGUAAGACUGCAUUACAAAACUCUUCUAUUGAAGUCCAAACAAGGAAUGCCUCGCUCUCACUUUCUAGGUCUCCUUUACCUUCACCACUAAAUUCUACUACACCCUCUCCACGUACAGAUGUUCGUCAAAAAAGCAACAAACUCACCAAACAAAAGCCUCCGAAUGAGCUUCAGUGCGACUCUACACCCGGUUCCGUCAACAAGAACAUGAAUCCUACGACGGGAGGACAUCUAGUAGAUACACCUAUGAGAAAGCCUAUUCUGCCAGAGCUUAGCCCAAAUGCCAAUUUUUCAUUCUUGAACAGUCCAUACGAACCACCUGAAGAGAUUCAACCUAGAUUGAGAAAAAAGAGUAGUAUGGCCACUAUCUUCCGGAGGAAAUCGUGUGAGAGUCUGAAAUCUGUCAGAUUUGAGGAGCCAGGAACGAGUCAUGACAACGCAAGUCCAAAGACUCCCAGGAAAUCUUCUGAGAGCUCCAAAUCUGUCAAAUACAAUGGGGCUACGUCGAUCAAUAACGCACUUGGUAUCUCUAUCCCAGGCGCACAGUCCAAGACUGUAAUGUCUCAAGUUUCCGCGGCAGAUUCUUUCACGGAUUUUCCACCACCUCCACCGCCUAGACCAGCAUUGAAGAAGCAGAAAAGUCUAGGUUUAUUUCUUCGUAGAGAUAGCGAACCGGUAAAUGACUCGGUAAAUCUUCCACCGCGACCAUUAUUGAAGAAACAGAAGAGUUUGGGCCUAUUCCCUCGCAAAGACGGCGGAAAAGAGAAAGAUAGAGCUACGCCGUCGGCUCCGACAUCUAAGUCUCAAGAUAUGGGGAGCAUAUUCGAUGGUUCACAACAUGCUUGUACGGCAUAUUAUGCACAUACUGUUACUGUUUGCCGAGAGCCAUACAAAUUUCCUAUCCCACCUACCAGAACCCCCAUUCCUCAAGACUCUGUUCCGAAGCCAUAUAAGUCUCCCGCUACACCAAUGAAAACUCCAAUCAUUCAUGACUCUAUUCUGAAGCCAAGACCCGUGGUACGAAUCAAUGCAGCCAACAGACCUGCAGCCAUUUCAAAUGCAAGCCCAAUCUCUCCAGACAACAAAGUAUUUGGAUUUAUUCCUCCACCAUUGACGAAACAGACAAGUUUCGGCGGCUGGGAAACCGAUCUUGAUAUUGCAUUGGAACAUGAACGUCGACUCAAGUCUCAGCAUGCAAAAGCGCAAGCUCAAAAUACAUCAAUGAGACACCGAGCAUCCCCUGGAUUAAGCAUUGAUACAAUGGCUUCCAACGAUCUGAAUUCAUUGCGGAAGACAACAUCGAAACUUUCAAAGACGGCUUCGUUUGCAGAUGAUUCCCCGACUUUACCUUCUUCGACACCGAGUUUACCUGCUUCGACACCGGGUUCUACUAAGCUGGGCUCGUUCUUCAUGAAUGCUGGUGCGAAUAUAAGUGCGAUUUUUGUGGGAAAGAGUGCGUCUAAUACACCGGAUCCGAAUAAAUCACCCAAGGUUCCGGUACCGAGUCUUUCUAAGAAAGAUGGCAAGGAGAGAUCUGCGAAGAAUUCUGAAGCAAAGGUGACUGGUAGGAGAGACAGAUCAGGUAGUAAGUACCAUAUCCCUUUCUUCUCAUCCUCAUCCUUCCUCAUCCCUUUGAAAACCUCUGCUAACGCCUCCCUCCUUCCCCACAGCCCUCGCCUCCAUCAUCCACAACAUCAACCCCUUGCACAUUUUCAAAUCCCAUCGCGCGUCCAAAAAUUCCCAUCGACACAAAAGCUCCCUCGCGCACAAACACAAAAUGGUGACGCGCAAAAAGCGCGAAGCGCUCGUUCGUCGCCAGUUGAGAGUUACUCAAAAUACUAUGAAGCGCUACACGCGACAGUUCUUGCUGGAGGAUUCGCAGAAGGGGGUGCUAGCGGAGGGCAUUGCUUGGUUAGAUGGGGUGAGGCCGUUUGUGAGAGAGUCGGUGGAGCAGUACAGGAGGAGGGAGUAUUUGAGGGAGUUUUUGUUGGAGAGAGGUUGGGAAGGGGGAAAUGGAGGGGGGGCAAUUGGAUGGGGGGAAGGGAUACGAGGAGGAGGGUUUUUGAGGAGUUUGUUUCGGUUGGGGGAAGGAGAGUGGAGAGAGUGGUGCAGAAAGUUGAUUGGAGAAGGGAGGGGUGGUUUGAGGUGCCUAGGGCGAGGGUUCAAAGGGUGGAAAGAGGGGAGAGGGGGGAGAGAGAAGUAGAAGCGGAGGUGCAACCGAAGAUGGAGGAGGAGAAGAAAAAGAAGAAAAAGUAUGUAAUGAUUAGUACGGCGAAGUAUGAUAAAUAUUGA